AUGUCUGUCCUCUGUCCGUGUCCCCGGUGGAAGAGCGCCAGUGUAAGCAUUCCCACCGCGGCGCGCCGUUAUUCUUCAGUCGCAGCGCCCCCGAAAAGGCGGGUUUGGGUUCGCCUGGCCGCGGUCACGUUGGCAGCUGCCGGAAUUGGCGCAUAUGUCAGAUCGCGACAGGAGCCUCUCGACGCCCACUUGAAUCCAGUGUCCUUUGCCCGGUAUAAGCUGAUCUCGCGAGAGCCGGUUUCGUCGACAAAUACCAUCUUCACGGUCGAACCAGCAUCGCCCGCAGACAAUCGCGAGACAUACGAGCUGGCAUGGCAGACUGGGGUAUGGAGUGUCAUGUUCAAGCAACCACAACUUCAAAUCGGGCGAGACUAUACCCCGCUUCCACCGCGCGAAGAACGCGACGGGGCACAAACCGAAUCGUUGCGGUUUCUGAUACGCCGGGAUCCCCACGGAGAAGUGUCCCGGUAUCUCCACCGUCUACAAGAAGGAUCGAGGAUUGAGAUGAGGGGUCCUCAGGUAGAAUGUGAGAUCUCUCCAGAGGUGAAUGGCAUUCUGUUCAUAGCCGGAGGCACCGGCAUUGCGCCAGCUCUGCAGGCUGCCUACAUCAUGUUGCGACGCACCAUCCAGGGGAAGAGCCCAAAAAUCCACAUCCUAUGGGCUAAUAGGAAAAGAGAAGACUGCGCAGGGGGCAUCAGCGACACGCCAAAAACUGCGCCGCCAAAGUCAUCAUGGUGGCCUUUUCGAAGUAGCCCAGCCAGGGUACCCGAGCCUUCUUCUUCGCUGACGUCCUCGGUCAAUCAAGGCGCUAUAGUUCGUGAGCUGCACGAACUAAAGGCCCGGUACCCCGGCCAAAUCACGGUGGAUUAUUUUGUCGACGAAGAAAAUACCUUUAUCAGCACGAAAGAGAUAAAGGCAUGUAUUGAAUCUAUACAAUCUUCAAGCGCCGACAAGAAAAUGAUCAUCGUCUCUGGGCCGGAAGGCUUUAUCAACUAUAUGGCCGGUCCCAAGAUUUGGGCACAUGGAUACGAGCUACAAGGACCUGUGAAGGGUAUCAUCCAGCAACUUGGCUUGAAAGAGUGGGAGAUUUGGAAGCUCUGA